AUGGUGUCUUCUCUUCUUCUAGCGGGGUCUCUAUUCGGCCUUAGUCAAGCAGUCUCCGUGCCCUUGUCUACUAGAAGUACAAACUCAACCAAAGCGUUCAGUUGGGUCGACACAAAACCAACCAAAGACCUGCAAUACUACGAUUGUGGUGACGGCUUCCAAUGCGGCCGUCUCGAAGUCCCGCUCGACUGGUCAAACCCAGACAAGAACAGCACCGUGGCCAUCGGCAUCGUCAAGCUCCCAGCCACAGUCCCGAAUGACGACCCGUCCUUUGCCGGCAGUGUUCUCAUCAACCCCGGUGGUCCAGCCGUUUCCGGGACCAACUUUGCUUACUCCUGGGGGCCCACAUUGCAAAAAGUUCUCGGCCAGGAUCGCAACUAUGAAAUCAUCGGGUUCGACCCUCGUGGCGUCAACACAAGCACGCCUCACAGCGACUGCUUCAAGGGAGACCAAUUCGCCCGUAGGCUUUCUCAGGAGAGUGACUCCGUUCUACCGCCGAUUGAUGACGCCCUUGGCUUCCAUUGGGCUAGUGCGACUGCUAAGAGCGCGCUCUGCGAAGAAAAUGGCGUUGACAGCAUCUGGGGCCACAUGAACACCGCGUCCGUUGCUCGCGACAUGGUCGAGAUUAUUGAUCGCAUUGACGACCUGCGCUGGAAGGAGUCAGGCAAGACCAAACCCAAGGAUGCUGAGGCAGCUCGCCUGCAAUACGUUGGCAUUUCAUAUGGAUCCUUCCUAGGUAACGCGUUCGCGUCCAUGUUCCCAGAGCGUGUUGAGAGGAUUUGGAUCGACGCUAUCGUUGAUGGCGAUGAUUGGACUGCCGGUACUUUCCGCAAUGACAUCAAUGAUGUCGAAAAGAUUGUCGACCAAUUUUACGAGGUCUGCUUCAAUUCAGGGAAAGAUUGCCCUCUCGUCCAAUCAUCCGACAAGUCCGGUCCAGACAUCAAAGCCCGUGUUGCCGAUUUCCUCGAUGAAAUGGAUACCAACCCCGUGUCCUUCAGCUACGACGGCCGCCCAUACCUUCUCACAUCCUCAAUCAUUCGUCAAGCGAUCUUCUCCGCAAUGUACAGUCCGUUGAGCUCAUUCGAGACACUUGCUCUGCGUCUCAGCGCCCUUCUGAAUGGCGAUUACUCCAUUCUCGUAACCCUCCUACCCGCUGAUUCCAUCAAACUCGUCUGCGACCUCCCCGAUGGUGACGAGCUUCCCCAGUACAACUGGGACUCGGACGUCUUGGCUGGUGUUCUCUGCACUGAUAUUGUGGACGAUGUGGCUGAUCGUAACAUCUCCUUUUACGAAGACAUUGUCAAGUACUUCAAAAAUCAAUCCGAGACAACUGGCACCGGUGUGUCCGGAGCCAUCCCGAUCUCCUGCGCCGGCCGCAAGAUCCGUCCGCCUUACGCUUUCACAGGACCAUUCACGAGCCCUGCCGCAAAUGCCAACGACUCCAAGGCCCCCGCUGCACCGCUUUUGAUCACCUCUAGCCGCUACGACCCCAUCCUCCCCCUCAGAAACGCCUUCACUGUGCAGAAGGGGCAUCCCGGGUCGGCUGUGGUGAUUCAGGAGACUUCCGGACAUGGCGCAACCUCCAACCCGAGUCCGUGCCUUGUCAAGAUCGUUCGAGAGUACUUUUACGAGGGUACUGUGCCCGAGAGCGGAACCGUCUGCGAGUCGGAAUGUCAUCCGACUAUUCCUGCUGACAAGGAAAACUGCACUUCCAUUCUGAACUCCAGAGACGUUGAGUACUUGUUGUCUCCUUUGGGAGAAUUCAAUUGGUUGUAA